AAACAAGCAAAAUGUUCUCCAAAGUUCUAGUCUUCUCCGCCCUCGUGGCCGUAGUUCUCAGUGCCACAGCACCCUUAUUAGAAGUGGUACCAGUAAUCUCUCAAGCCCUCGACGUCCAUCCUGACGGCGCCUACCAAUACAACUACGAAUCCGGAGACGGCAGCAAACAAGAACAGCACGGUGUCCCGAAAGUACUCGAAAAAGACGUCGUCAUUGAAGCAGUUGAAGGUUCCGUUUCAUUCAGUGAUCCGGACGGUGUCAAACACGAAUUGACUUAUGUCGCCGACGAAAACGGCUACCAGCCAAAAAGUGCUGACUUGCCAGUGGCUCCACCAGCGCCCGAAAUUCCAGCUGCCAUCCAAAGGGCUUUGGACUGGAACGCAGCUCAUCCAGAACCUGAAAUGAAGGCUUGAGUAUUUUGACUG